UCUACCCAUCACCCUCUUGCACGUAUGGUGAUGGAUCCAUUCCCUUUCAAAAGCAUAUAGUUACGGAGAAAAGUAGCAGCCAUGGAGAAGAGCAGCCGGUCAUCCGGCUCACGUGCUUCUCACCAUGGGUGGUCAUUCCAGGCGCUGCUGCUGCUUCAUCUGUCCAUGGCAGCCGGCGCGCAACCGCAACCGCAGCCGCCGCGGCUGAGCGAAGCGCAAGAAAGCACCAUGAGGGAGCUCUCGGCCACGGUAUCCGCCACGGCCCCGUGGGCCAGCUGGAACACGACCGACCCGAACCCGUGCCUGUGGAGCGGGGUCACCUGCUUCGUGCCGCCGCCGCCGGCGUCCAACAACGGCUCCGGCUCAUCCGCCGCGGCGGCCGUGCUCCGCCUCUCCAUGUCCGGCUUCGGCCUCUCCGACACCUCCGUGCUCGCCGCCCUGUGCUCCCUUGACACCCUCGAGUCUCUCGACCUCUCCAGGAACAGGUUCGCCGACCUGCCGCGGCACUUGUCUUCGUGCUCCUUGGGCGCCGGGCUGCGGGCGCUCAACCUCAGCUAUGCCCAGCUGGCCGGCCCGCUCGGCGACUUCGCCGGCUUCCGCCGGCUGGAGGUCCUAGAUCUCUCCUUCAGUCUUCUCACCGGAAAUGUGAGCAAGCAGCUGAGUUCUUUGCCUAGGCUGAGAGUCUUGAACCUCAGCUACAACGGGCUCCAUGGUGACCUCCCGACAGACAUGGCCAUCUCUUUGGAGGAACUGGUGUUAUCCAACAAUAAUUUCAGUGGGCAGAUACCGACGGGCUUGUUCCGGCAUGGAAAUCUCACUCUGCUCGAUCUGAGCGACAACAACCUCACCGGUGAUGUGCCCGAUGAGUUCCUCAAGCUCCCCAACCUCCAAACCCUGCUCCUUGCCCGCAACGAUCUUCGCGGCGCGAUACCCGGCAGCUUGUCGAGCGUGACAACACUGUCUCGUUUCGCGGCUGGCCACAACAAGUUCAGUAGCUCCAUACCUAGUGGGAUCACCAAGAACGUGAGGGUGCUCGAUUUGAGCUCCAACAUGCUAAGUGGUGAGAUACCUUCCGAUAUGUUCUCGGCUCCGGGUUUGGAUACCGUCGAUCUCACCGACAAUAAGCUUCAAGGGCACAUUCCGCCGGGGUUCUCUCGUGGCCUCUACCGCUUUCGUCUCGGAGGGAAUUUUCUCGAUGGUGUCAUCCCCGGCUCGAUCGGCGAUGCCUCGAGCUUGGCUUAUCUUGAGUUGGACAACAAUAACUUUGUGGGAGGUAUACCUUGGCAACUCGGCAAAUGCAGUAAGCUGCUUCUCUUGAAUCUUGCAAGCAAUGAGCUGAGCGGUGCGGUGCCCGUCGAGAUCGACAAACUCGGUAGCCUGGUCGUUCUUAAGCUCCAAAUGAACAAUCUUGAGGGCCAUAUACCAAUUGCACUUGUUGGUCUGGUGAACCUGAAUGAAUUGGACCUUAGCCAAAACUCAUUUGAUGGAGAGAUACCACAUGGGAUUUUCCAGCUACCUCGGCUUUCAAACAUGUACUUGCACGGUAACAAGAUCACCGGCGCCAUUCCGGCUUCAGUCAGCUCAUCGCAGUUUCUCAUCGAGCUUGAUCUCGGCGAUAAUUCGCUCAGUGGUGUCAUCCCCACAAUGCCGACCACCUUGAGCACGGUCCUCAAUCUAAGUCACAACCAUCUCAGUGGCUCUAUCCCUUCGGACAUCGGAUCUUUGCUUUACCUCAAGGUUCUUGAUCUUUCCCACAACGAAUUGUUCGGCCCGGUACCCUCAUCGCUCCAAGGUUUGUUGAGCUUGACACGUUUGGUGCUUUCCUAUAAUUAUCUGUCGGGGACCCUCCCGAAGUUUCCAUCGUCCGUGGCGGUCCAUUCGAUGGGAAAUCCUGAUCUCACUAUUGGAGAUCCUGAUCUUACCGAUAUCGACGAGGAUUCGGGGGUGAUAGCAGCCAUUGAAGACAACGAGUCAGCUAUAUGGGUUGCAAUAACUUCAUUUGCGGUCUGCUUCGUCGUCGCUUUCUACUGGGAUGGGAUCAGAAACGGGUGGUUUGCAGGUCCAAGGUGCAAGUAGCGGACUGCUUGGGCAACGUCUGCCUGUAGUGAUCCAAGGUCAAUCCCUGGAAUGCAUGGCAUAAUAUGUUUCUCUUAUGACAUAACAAUGUUGAUGCAAAAUGAUGAAAAGUGUUAUUUAACUUGUUUUGUUUAUAUGUAAAGAACUGGUUGGUAUUUUA